AUGCCUGGUCGAACCGAGGUGGAACAGCUGCAUAAGAUAUUUAAGCUAUGUGGUUCUCCUUCUGAAGAAUAUUGGAGAAGGGCAAAGCUACCACAUGCUACCAUAUUUAAGCCUCGGCAAUCAUAUAAGUGGUGCAUCGUAGAGAAGUUCGAAGAAUUCCCGAUAUCAUCAUUGCUAUUAAUUGAAACCCUUCUAGCAAUCGAUCCAGCAGAACGCCAAACUGCCACUGCUGCAUUGCACAACGAAUUCUUUACAACACAACCUUAUGCUUGUGAACCCUCUAACGUUUCGAAAUAUCCUCCCAGUAAGGAGAUGGACACAAAGCUAAGGGAUAAAGAAGCUAGAAGGGCCAUUGGCAAAGGUAAUGCUGCUGGCAGUAAGAAGUCGCGUCCGCGUGAUCGAUGUGGGAGGGGAAUCGCAGUUCCAGAGGUCAAUGCUGAGCUGCAAGAAAAUAUUAAUGUAUGUAAGAGGAAUAUAAAUGGUUGUAAGAGGGCUUCCAGUAGGGAUCUUGUUCUUGUAUCUAGUAGAACCAGCCAAGAAAACAGGAAUAGAAAGAAAGAUAUAGUCCAGCAAAUAGGAUCAAUGCUUUUGCACCAUUCACUUCUUCGCAUUCUGUUGUUGGGUCACAUGUUGGUGGCUGAAGUGAAGACACACUUGCUUGUGUUGUAA